GAUGAUGAUGUAGAGCCUCCCCCGAGAAUCAAAUCAGAGCACAAACAUCGUGGACGUCUCGCCAACAGGAGCUCUGACUUAUUCCAUUAAUUUUCAUUUGUCAAUUCAAUUAAUUAAAUGGCUUUUCGACUGGAGCCUGGACCUCUCAAUCAGGAGACCAAAGCCCUAGCUGUGAAGGAACUCCGAGAGACCGAGGAGAACAUCAAAAAUGGAAUUGAAGCCUUACGAAAACUUCUUGAAGAGGACAAAACCAUGUACUUCAGAACAGACGAUGACUUCCUGAUAAUAUUUCUACGUCCUUGCAAAUAUUACCCAGAGAGUGCUUACGCUCUUAUGCAGCGUAUUUCUGACUUCAAGGUCAAGAAUGCCGCACUGUUGGACAAUUUGGUACCAAUGGACGAGAGGACAGCGAUGUUUGAAAAUAAUGUUGUGAAUGUACUGAAGGGUAGAGAUCACAAAGGUAGACGUGUUCUCAUAGUCAACACUGGAAAGACUUGGGACCCGUCAAAAGUCAAUGCUGAUUCCUUGUUUAGAAUUUUUUAUCUCAUCCACGAAGCAGCUGUUCUCGAGCCCGAGACACAGGUACGAGGUGUUGUAGUUAUCAUGGAUUUCGAUGGUCUCUCAAUGAAGCAAGUGAUGGGUCUUUCCCCAUCAUUUAGCAUGAGGCUAUUAUCCUUCAUCCAGGAUGCGAUGCCCCUCAGAUUAAAAGAGGUCCACAUCGUGAAGCAACCGUUCCUGUUCGACCUAGUCUGGAGGAUGUUCAAGCCCUUCGUCCGGGAGAAGCUGAGGAAGAGAAUGUACUUCCACGGUUCAAAGAUGAAUUCUCUCCACACCCACAUGGCCCCAAGUCAUCUUCCCAAGAAUUACGGUGGUGAACUCCCCGAGAUCGAUUAUACAGCUGCCGAUUGGUUCCCCGCUUUCCAAGACUGCGAGGACAGUAUCAAAGCCUGGAACACUUACGGCUAUCGCAAGGACUGAGACUGCCUUCCGGGUAGAAAAAUCAACGGUCACAGCAACGAAACCAGAAUUACGAGUGAUAAUGGAUAUCUCUGAGGGGAUGGGAUCAAAGUUGACAGCUGUAAUAAAUUGUUAGGGAAAAUUAUUAGUUACUAAGUAUGCAGAAGAUUUAUAAAAUCCUUCAUUUCUUGUUGACUAUCGUUGCCUCGGGACUCGCAGAAGAAACUAGAAAAUAAACUGAAUGAGCAAAAA